AUUCAAAUGAAUGCGAUCGCUCUGCUCCACUGUGUAAGAAAUAACACCAAGAAAUGGCUCCAACUGCCAGUUUCUUAUGUGGGGAAAGUGGAGCAGUCAUAUUUCAGUCAGCGUUAAGGCAACUACUUCAAAUAAAUAAUUGUGCUUGCACUAUAAGUGGUUAAAAAUAAUAUUUUGGUAUUUAAAAAUGUUUGUGGAAACAUGUAUUGCACCUGUAAACAUUGCGCUAAUCAAAUAUUGGGGCAAGCGGGAUGAGGAACUCAUAUUACCCAUCAACGAUUCGCUGAGCGCGACCCUUAGCACCGACGAUAUGUGCGCAAAGACAACAGCCGCUGCAGCAGCUUCCUUUGCAGAUAACGUUAUGUGGUUGAAUGGUGAAGAGGUGCCAUUUGAGCAGAAUCCACGUUUGAUGCGUUGUUUGAAGGAGCUACAACAACUUGCGAUUGCUAAAGGAAAUCUAAAGUUCCCCAUAGAGUGGAAGCUACACAUAGCAUCACGUAAUAAUUUUCCGACUGCUGCGGGUUUGGCAUCAAGCGCAGCUGGUUACGCUUGUCUAGUAUAUACACUAGCGCAGCUGUAUGGCGUUGAAAGUGAAGAAUUAACGGCGAUUGCACGCCAAGGUAGCGGUUCUGCAUGUCGCAGCUUACACGGUGGUUUUGUACGUUGGCACAUGGGUACAGAUCAUGAUGGUACUGAUUCAGUAGCAUUGCCCAUUGUACCGGCGGAACAUUGGCAGGACUUUCAUAUACUUAUAUUGGUGGUAAACGAUUCGCGUAAGAAGACCAGCUCGACCGUCGGUAUGAAACGUUGUGUUGAAACAUCUGAUUUGUUAAAAUACCGCGCACAGCAUUGCGUACCACAGCGUAUAGCUGCAAUAACCGAUGCAAUCAAACAACAUGAUUUCCCCAAAUUGGCAGAGAUUACUAUGCGUGAUACGAAUCAGUUUCAUGCUAUUGCCUUGGACACAUUUCCACCAUGUGUAUACAUGAAUGAUGUGUCACAUGCAAUUGUGGAAUUUGUUCACGCUUUCAACAAAGCAGCGGGAGAAGUAAAGUUGGCUUACUCUUUUGAUGCCGGGCCAAAUGCUUGCCUUUUUCUUUUGGAAAAAGAUGUCAGCACUGCACUGGCGGCAAUACAAACUAGUUUUCCAAAUGAUGCAGGCGAGAGUGUGGAAUACGUUAAGGGUAUACCAAUAAAGUGUGUAGAGAUCAACGCUUUUAGUGGUGAUUUGCCAAAACAUGACAAGAAUCUUUUUAAAUACAUAAUCCAUACAAGAAUUGGAACUGGACCACAACGUCUCGAUAAAAGCCAAAGCCUUUUGAAUAUUAGUACUGGUUUACCAUUUGAAAAUUGAAAGAAAAUGCCUUACCCCAAAUGUAUUUAAGUCUUAAGCAGAAUAAUGUAAAUGUUGUGAUUGCAGAGGAGCUUAUACUGUAUAUCAAUAAAUAAAAAACUAAUUUAAAUUUUAUAAUAACAUUUGAUGGGAUAUACUAUUUGGUUUUAAAGUAUUGGAUGCAAAGUAAUACAAAAAUGUUUAAUUUGCUUUAAAAUCUUUUACUAAUUUAUAAAAUCGAUUUUAUAAUAUAUAUUGAACCGAUUUUGUAUAUUUCGCAACUAUUCGCUAAAGAGAUUUUAUAAAAAUUGAUUCAAAAAAUUAAUUUUAUAAUGUACAUGGUGUUUCGACAACCCUAUUUCCCUAUAUCACUCCAUCUACUUUCGCCGUUUUGUUUUCAUUUACCAAUCGUAUUCCAAUUAUGCACAUCAGCUGAUUGGGAGCCACCAGAUCAAAAACUGAUAAGCGCAAGAUGGAAUUCUUAAUGAAUGAAUUAUUAAUUAAUGUAAAACAUUUGGAAAAGGCUUUAAAUAAAUGAGGUUAAAUAUACAUUGACUGCAUUAUAACUGUACUAUAUUAUUUUUGAGUAAUAUUUUAUGAAAUAAAGUGCAGCUAUUUUAUUACAUUUUUAUUUCCCUGAAAGUAUGGCAACGCCCAACAUCUUUGCACACAUGCACACAAACGUGAGCUUGAAAACUUAUUCGUUCGUGUCAUUAUUUAGUUGAACGGGAAUAAAACAGAAAAUAUUAAAUUUCUUGAACAUAGACCUUUUGUAGGACGGAAUUCGUAAUAAAAAGUGGAAAAUUACUUAAAAAUUUAUUGUGUUUUACGUUGGCAGGAGUAGUAAAGAAGGAUGUGCUAUUGGUAGACGUUGUCAACUCCGUUUCAUUCUUAUUAGCAUUCUACAUAUUUAUUGUUAUCAAUAUUUGUUUGUCGCAGUUGUUGUCGUUGUUGUUUUUUUUUUGGAAAAUAACACACAA